AGAUGGCGCCCUUUCUCACCAGAAGAGGAGAGCCGCAUUGCAAGAGGACCUCAGCAUCUGUCGCAUCCUACGUGUGCCACUUCAGUCGGUUUUUCAGCGCCAUUGGGAUUGAGCUCUGCCUUGCUGCACUCACUGUCCUCUUAGAAACAUCAUUCCUAGAAAAGAAGACGCUGGUUCCUGUAUUAUUAUCAUUAUUUAUUGUUGUUGUUGUUGCAACGACGUUAUGCAAGAAUCUCGCCGUUCACUGACUCGAGAUUAUUUGCUUUGAUCGGAAUCUCUUUACCGUGGAAAAGCCAGCCGGUCUACAGUUCACAGUGGAAGGUUAGAAUCUACAGGAGGGAUGGAUUUGGUGACAUUUGCCCUGUCUUUCCACAUUCUUGUGAGUCCGGCGUGGGCUACGUCCCAUCACUCCUUCAUGGAAAGAUUCUUCGCAUCUCACUCAGUCCUCCGGUUGCUGGAUAAGCAGAUGAAGUUUGAGCCCUGUUGCCUGGUGUCCCCGCCCCCUCCUCCGCUGUUCCCACCGCGCCUGCCUCAGCUGUGGAAUCAGGGCAAACUUGACGGUGACGGUGUACUAGCGCCGGCGGUGUUUAGAGGAGAGGCGCAGGCAAAUGAGCAUCCGGUGAUACCGGGGUGCCCGGCUGGCCCACCGGGACCCCCGGGGCCCCGUGGCCCAGAGGGUGACAGUGGAUUACCUGGCAUACGUGGACCGAAAGGGGAAAAGGGAGAAAUUGGACGUCCAGGGUCAAAGGGACGUACUGGAGCGCCGGGUCUUCCAGGCAAACAAGGACUUCCAGGAUGGCCUGGUCCACAAGGACCCGUGGGUGAAAAAGGAGACCCGGGACUCAUGGGACUACCGGGCGUGAGGGGACCCCCAGGAAUGAAGGGUGCGCCCGGUUUCAGAGGAGAAAAGGGGGAUAGGGGAAGUCCAGGAAUGCCAGGAUCAAAAGGUGAUAAAGGCACAACCGGUUUGCCUGGGAUGCUGGGUCAGAAGGGUGAACAAGGACCAAAGGGAGAGCCAGGGGUCCCGGGCAAAAGAGGACCCACUGGGCGACCUGGGAAGAGAGGCAAACAGGGAGAAAAGGGACAAAGUGGAGCAUCAGGAUUUAUGGGCAAACCUGGUCCACGUGGACCAAGUGGCCCCCCUGGACCACCCGGCCCACCAGCCGCGGGUCUUUUUCUAGUCGGCGAAAAAGGGGAGAAGGGUCUUCCUGGCCCACCCGGUCACUGCGACUGUGACACUUUUCUAUUAGCAAACAACGCUCCUUCCGGAAGCUACACACACGAGGAGAUCGUCGAUCAAGUCCCCGCCAUAUUUGUGGUGAGUGACGAGGACGAGCUGGGCCGUCUACAUCUGGAUCACGCCAUAGCAUUUAGGAAGGAUCAGAAGGCCCUCUACUUUCGAGAUAAAGACGGAUGGAAGCCCAUACAGCCCUUCCAGCAAUUCCAGUCGACUGAGAAAGUACCAGACAGACUCGGCGCGUGCGGAGAUGGGAAGGUGCAGCCCCUGGAUGGAGAGGAGUGUGACGAUGGAAACCAAAUUGUCACCGACGCUUGUCUGAACUGCAAGUGGGCCUACUGCGGAGACGGUUACCGACAUGACGGCAUGGAGGAGUGCGACGGAAAAGACUUUGGCUAUCAGACGUGCAAAUCCUACCUUCCCGGAUCCUUUGGACAGCUGAGGUGCAGCGAGUCCUGCGUCAUCGACUCCACCGGCUGCAAGUACUUCACUUGAUCUGCACACACCGCCGGGGUAUACUUUGCAACUCGUUUUCAACAUAAAAGAGGGAUUUGACUUCAGAUUUCUCAUGAAGUCUCACCU